AAAUUAUAUAUUUUAUAUUCGGUCAGUCCAUCUAUCUCUCUGUCUGUUUGGUGGUGUUUAUUAUAAUAAAAAAAAAGUAUUCUUUUGUUGAAAAAAAAACUUUGACAAUAUUUUUUCUGUUGGAUUCAUUAUUUUUAUCAUUGGAUGUGCUGCUGCUGCUGAUUCUGAUUCUGAUUCCAUCAUCAUCAUCAUCAUCGACACAUUAAAAAUUCCAAUAGACUUUGUGUCAUUGAUUUGUCUGUUUUUUUGGUUUUUGGUUUGUGUGGGUGGUAAAUGAUCUGAUAAUAUCAUCAUCAUCAUUGAUAUCUGAUCUAUCUGAUCUCUGUGUUGUUCAUUGGCGUUGAUCGAUUGAUUUUUAUCUUUUCCUCUUUUUUCGUUUUUUGGUUUUUGGUUUGUUUGAAAAUUCAAUCAGUCAAUCAGCCUAGUUUCUGUGAAUCUGUGUUUGGUGUUUUGAUAAUUUUCAACAUUGAAAAUCAACGAUAAAAUAACUUUUCUGCCUUCUUUUUUUUCUGCCAAACAACAAACAAAUUAUCAUUGCUUUUGUGUAUGUCACUGUUCUAUAUUUUUUAGCUCUCUUUUGGUUAAACGUGUUUCAUCAAAGUCAUCGUUCGAUUUAUAAAUCGAUCAAUCAUAAAUUAUCAUUGAAAAAUAAAACAAAAUAAAAUUACAAAAAAAAAUGAUGGAUCCAAUGUCACCGAAUGCUAAUGGUCAAGGACCACAAUCUACAUGGUGGGUUGAAUCAUGGUCAAGCCAAAUAACAACAGGAUUGGCAAUAUUUUUGGUCAUAUGUGGUAUUAUAACAGCAAUUAGUCCGAUUAAUUAUGGCUGUAUUUUACCCGGUGUAUUACAAUUAAUUGCAUCGGGUAUAAUAUUAUCGAUUGAAGCACCAUCAUUUGUACCAUUUUUAGCCUUUGCUCGUUCAAUUGGUAUGUUUGUUGAAAGCAAACCAUAUUGGUUUAAAGGAGCAUUCUAUGCAGCUUUGGCUCUCAUUCCAUUCAUUGUUGGCCUAUCAUUCGGUUGUAUGGGUUUCUUUUUUAUACUUGGUUUUUUGGCAAAUGCUGCUAUUGCAGCACUUUAUGGUAAAAUUGUUCUUGGACGAAAAGCAAAUCGAGAUGAAAUGAGAUUUCAAGCCGGUGGUGGUACCGGUCAACAACCAUAUUCACCAACAAGUCCCUAAAAUCUAAUAACCAUAAAAAAACAUCAAUAAUAAUAAUCAACGGCAAUGAUGAUUAGUUCAACAAAAAAACAAAAACAAACAAAAAAUGUUUUUUAAAAUUUUUUUCUAUUCUAUAAUUAAUUACAUCUGUAGGAACAUCAUUUUUUUAAGAAAAGAAAUUAUUUCAGUCUUCGUUUUCUUCAACAUUCAACAUCCAGCAUAUCACAUACCA